CCUCUCCGAUUCGAGGGCCGGGUCCUCGCGGCCCAUGGUGGCCGCUGGGGACCCACGCAGCCUAGGUCUGUCUCGGGCCGGGCAGCCGGCCACCAUGGUGGCCCUGAGGCCUGUGCAGCUCCUCCAGGGGGGCUAAUAGACCCAGAGCUUAGGGGUGAGAGGGUCCCAGGCCAGAACCCUGCGCCAUGGCUGGAGCCAUCGCUUCCCGCAUGAGCUUCAGCUCACUCAAGAGGAAGCAGCCCAAGACAUUCACUGUGAGGAUCGUCACCAUGGACGCCGAGAUGGAGUUCAACUGCGAGAUGAAAUGGAAAGGGAAGGACCUGUUUGAUUUGGUGUGCCGGACACUGGGGCUUCGGGAAACCUGGUUUUUUGGACUGCAGUACACAAUCAAGGACACUGUGGCCUGGCUCAAAAUGGACAAGAAGGUGUUGGAUCAUGAUGUUUCGAAGGAAGAACCGGUUACCUUUCACUUCCUGGCCAAAUUUUAUCCUGAGAAUGCUGAGGAGGAGCUAGUUCAAGAGAUCACGCAACACUUAUUUUUCUUACAGGUGAAGAAACAGAUUUUGGAUGAAAAGAUCUACUGCCCUCCUGAGGCUUCAGUGCUCUUGGCUUCCUAUGCUGUCCAGGCCAAGUAUGGUGACUAUGACCCUUCUGUGCAUAAACGAGGAUUUUUAGCCCAAGAGGAAUUGCUUCCAAAAAGGGUGAUAAAUCUCUAUCAGAUGACUCCGGAAAUGUGGGAGGAGAGAAUUACUGCUUGGUACGCGGAGCACCGGGGCAGAGCCAGGGAUGAAGCUGAAAUGGAGUAUUUGAAGAUAGCGCAGGACCUGGAGAUGUACGGGGUGAACUACUUUGCAAUCCGGAAUAAAAAGGGCACAGAGUUGCUGCUUGGUGUGGAUGCUCUGGGGCUUCAUAUCUAUGAUCCUGAGAACAGGCUGACCCCCAAGAUCUCCUUCCCAUGGAAUGAAAUCCGAAACAUCUCCUACAGUGACAAGGAGUUUACUAUUAAGCCACUGGAUAAGAAAAUUGAUGUCUUCAAAUUUAACUCCUCGAAGCUUCGUGUUAAUAAGCUGAUUCUCCAGCUAUGUAUUGGGAACCAUGACCUAUUUAUGAGGAGAAGGAAGGCUGACUCUUUAGAAGUUCAGCAGAUGAAAGCCCAGGCCCGGGAGGAGAAGGCUAGGAAGCAGAUGGAGCGUCAGCGGCUAGCUCGAGAGAAGCAGAUGCGGGAGGAGGCUGAGCGCACGAGGGACGAGUUAGAGAGGAGGCUUCUGCAGAUGAAAGAAGAAGCGACAAUGGCCAAUGAAGCCCUGAUGCGGUCUGAGGAAACAGCUGACCUGUUGGCCGAAAAGGCACAGAUCACAGAGGAGGAGGCCAAACUUCUGGCACAAAAGGCUGCAGAGGCUGAACAAGAGAUGCAGCGAAUCAAGGCCACAGCCAUUCGGACGGAGGAGGAAAAGCGCCUGAUGGAGCAGAAGGUGCUGGAGGCUGAAGUGCUGGCACUGAAAAUGGCUGAGGAGUCAGAGAGGAGAGCCAAAGAGGCUGAUCAGUUAAAGCAAGACCUGCAGGAAGCCCGAGAAGCAGAACGAAGAGCCAAGCAGAAGCUCUUGGAAAUUGCCACCAAGCCUACAUAUCCACCCAUGAAUCCAAUCCCAGCGCCACUUCCUCCUGACAUACCGAGCUUCAACAUCAUUGGUGACAGUCUGUCAUUUGAUUUCAAGGAUACUGACAUGAAGCGACUUUCCAUGGAGAUAGAGAAAGAAAAAGUGGAGUACAUGGAGAAGAGCAAGCAUCUGCAAGAGCAGCUCAAUGAACUCAAGACGGAAAUCGAGGCCUUGAAACUCAAAGAGAGGGAGACAGCCUUGGAUAUCCUACACAAUGAGAACUCAGACAGGGGCGGCUCCAGUAGCAAGCACAAUACCAUUAAAAAGCCUCAAGCCCAAGGCAGAAGACCUAUCUGCAUUUGAGUCCUCAAACUCACUCUGCAAAGCGCCAAAUCCCGAGUGGCCUUCUUUGAAGAACUUUAGCAGUGACCCGGCCACCUCAGGAACUGCCACUUCUGCUGCUCCUGACAGCGACAGGAUGGGCCUGACCCCAUGGGAACCAUCAAUAGGGGCCUGGCUUGUUUGGGAACUCUCUGAGUAGAGGGCUCAGUCCUCUUCGUGUGCAGUUGGUUUUGAACUUUGGUCCUCUAGAGAUCUCUCAAGGUGUUUUAGUUCUCCUGGUCUGCAUCUUUCUCUUUGUUUUUUUUUUUCUCUCUCUCUUUUUUUUUUUUUUAGAAGUAAUUGUUGCUGUACAUGGAUGCCAUCCUUCCUACAUUCUAGGCACUGUGGUGUGAGUGUCCCAGUGCCUGCUGCUGACUCCAGAACCUGGUUUGGGAAGUGGCUUUAGGAUUCCAGUGUGGAGGCUGCCUAAAAUCUACCAUACUGGUGCUACCCACUGCCCCACUGGUUCCAAGAUGUGCCUCCCUCCACAGUGAGGACCUGACACAGUGCAGAAGCAUGGACAGACUGAGCUUAGAGCCAGCAAAGAUGGUUUGUUAGCCAGGCUCCCCUGAGACCGUGUUGUAGCUGUCUGAUGGCAGGAAGCAGGCUUACGAUAGAAGCUGUGAUGAAAGGCUGCUGGCUAGCUGAAGGACUGGGAGGCAAGUGGAGCCCCUGUGGGGAUCAUGACUCCCUUCAGGCUUGGUCACUUGCCCAUCAGUGACCACGGCCUCCAUUACCCCAUUCAGUACGUGAACCUCCAUCAUACUCUGCCCAGCUCUCUCUGAUACCUAGGCCCCAUCGCCCUUCUCUUCUGACAGAGGUGUCCACUCACAGUCAGCGGUCUCACAUGUUAACCCUAUGGGUUGCUCCAUGCUGGGCAGCAGGUGCACACCAUGUGGCUCAUACACUCCAUGGUUAGGGCUGCCUUCUUGUAAUGGGUGUCACUCCUGUGGCCAGUCAGGACCCUUAGGUCCUCACAAAGCAGAUGAUAUGCCUCAGUCCAUGAAAAGAUGUCUAUUAACUGAAGGCAGCUGAGUUGAGGGACUAGGAGCAAAAGUAUGCUCCACAAUACAAUUUGGUUUUGAGAAACUGAGGCACUCUACUCUGUUCCCACUGGCUAGCCACCCAUCUGGCCACUUUGCCAUAGUUAGGCACCCCUGAGUGUCACCCUAGCCUCCUUGGUACAAGGACUCUAGUCUGGAACCUAAGGCUGAGGGAAAGUCCUCCGGACUUGACAUGCUGGCAUUUGUCAAGUUUGCCAUGGCUCUAAUGUUGAGCUGUCUUUUGGACCUGAAGCCCAUCCCUGAAUUUCCUCCAGGAUUGACUUUCUUCCUCUCUGUGAAUUUAAUCUUUGACAAUGACUGUGGGCCACAGGACCAUGAUGCUUGUUUAUAAAAAUUAUGUCAGGCCUUGUUUUUUAAUUUACUGUUUGUAUCUCAAAUUUGGGGAAUGCAAAGCUACAUAACCACGUGGGAGCCCUGAUAUUUGAGCAGUGGCAGGUGUAACCAUUGCCUGGUGGAUGGGGCCCGAAAUCCACUCACUCAUGAGUACCUGAGCUUCCCUGGAGAGAGAUGCUAGGGUCCCCAGAGCAUCGCCAGCCCCGGUAGAGGAGGACUGAAAACAGUACCCAUUUUGAGCCUGUGGCUGAGUUUUUUGUGGUAGGCAGUUUUACAGUCAAGGAAGGACAUCUCUGAAGUCCAAGGGACAUGGCCAGCCCUGGCUGUUAGAUUUCUAGCUCGUGCAGAGGUACCGUGAUGCCGAAACAGUCACUGUUCAGUGCAGGACACUGAGGCCAUACCUCAGCCACAGCAGCACUCUGACCCGAGGUCACUGCUGAGUUCUUGUGUACUUGCCAGGCCUUGCUAAACAGCACCCGUGGAUGUACAUAGCACUACUUGAUUUACUCUUUUAUCAUCUUGUAGACAGAUUUCUCUUGCUCCCUCACUUUCAAAAAAGUUCAGAGGCUGCCAGCCAACAGCAGUGACUAACUGUCCUUGCCAGCAGGGCCAGAGACUCAAAGCCCCUGGGGCAAGCCCCUUCAUGAUGUGGGGCUGGGGUGUGCAGCCUCUCCCAGGUGCCUUGAGGCCAAGCCAGCGCCCACAGGCUUCCAUUCCUCUGUUCUCUUAUUAAACAGCUCUUCCUGUGAGGCCCAUAGCACUCCUGUGGGCCCAGAACAUGAAGCUGUUUUCUAUUUGGGGUGGGGGUGAUUGUAAUUUAAGUGAUUGUUUUAAUAAAAAUUCUAAGCUGCUAGA